AUGCAUCGUACAGGAUGGACUUUCGUUGAAGGUGAUAACUUCCACUCAGAGGAAAACAAGACAAAGAUGCGUCUGGGAACACCGUUGACAGAUGAAGACCGCAUGCCUUGGCUACUAGACCUUCACCAAGUUCUUCUCCGCAAUUCAAAUGAUGGAAGCAAUGUCGUCUUAGCGUGCUCGGCGCUCAAGAGGCUUUAUCGCGACGUGCUCAUUGGACCAGAAAACCUCCCCAUACUGUUUGUUCAUCUAAACGCGCGAAAAGGAGUUCUCGAAAAGCGCGUAGAAACCCGCACAGGGCACUUUAUGCCUCCAAGCCUUGUAACCAGCCAGCUAAAGACACUGGAAGUGCCAAGCGAGGAGGAGACUGCUAUCAUCCUAGACUCAACAGUCAUGACUGUUUCUGAGAUGGUGGAUCAAAUAAUUAAACAUGUAAAUAUGUUGUAUACUCUUCUUUUUUUAUUGAGUUCAUUAGUAAGCUUCUGCAUUUGUGCAAAAAAGUGUCUUGCGCUUUUGUGA